ACCUCCAUCGAAGAAGUCAAAGGAGGAAGCGAUUAGCAAGGAUUAGGGCGAAAUAAACAAAGCCUGAAAUAGAAGUCGCCGCUCCAAAACAGCCAAGAUGCUGAAAGAGUUGGUGAAGGAGCGACUCAUGGCGGCGGCCGAUGAAAUAUUGGCGCUGUUUGAAAGAACGAUAGCGUCCUACGAGGAGGAACUUUCUCGAACAAAAGAGGAGAAGGAGCGGCAUCGGCGACAACUGGAAUCUGUUUGUAAGACUCACAUUGGGCUGCACGUCGACGACGUUGAACAGCUGAUCGGUCUCCCUCAGUCCCCCCACGUUAAAGAGGAAGAAGAGGAACGAGAGUGUCUUCUCCUGGCGGAGGAGGCCGAUCUCACCAAGUUGCCACUGACUGUUGUCUCCGUGAAGACUGAAGGCCUUGAAGAUGGAGCAGAAGUGGACCACCUCUUAGCGCCGCUAUCAGACAGCAGGGACAUGACGUCUCGCUCCCUGGAGUCAGACAUGGAGCUAUCAGGGGAGGAGGUGGAUGAACGCCGGAUAAAGGAGCAGGAAGGUGACGUAGCAGCCUUCGAGGGACCAGGACCUAUUGAAGGGGCUCCCCGUCUUCUGUGGACACAAAACCCAACACCCUACGGCGAGAUGAAUCCCGGAAGGCCAAAGCGGCAAUCGUCUCCUGAAGCAGAGCGGGAAUACGGGAAAAAUGCCCCCAAGUCAAAGAAGACGCAAGCAGAGAUCCAAAGAGAGUACAGGCUGAGGUUGAAAGCCGAUGCUGACAGGUACCACAAGCAGAAGGAGCGCGACCAACUGCGGUGUCAGCUAUGGCGGCUGAGUCGGUCCGAAGAACAGAAGGAACGUGAAAGGAAACUGGCAAAGGAAAGGUCGAGAAAGUACAGGCAGAGGAAAAAGGCAUCGGGAAGCGCAACAUCGAGAACGCCGAGCAAAAGGCCGACUAAAUCUACACAGGGUCAGGUCCAGAAGUGGAGGGAGGCAAAAAGAACUCAAAGAGCAUCGAUGUCUGCUCAGGAGAGGAGAAGCGUAAAUGAAAAGAGGAGACAAAAAUAUGCAGAGAAGAAGGCUGAGAAGGUCUGCAGAAGUUACCCCUGUGGAGGAAAAGACAUGGCAGAAGUAUGAAAAUCUGUUGUGUGUAUGCUAGCGGCCACGCCUCCACCCGCAGAGACAAAGGGCUCGCUCUGGUCAUGCCGUUGUUCUGUGCUGAAAGCCUCUUCCUGUCUGUUUGACAUGUGGAAGUAUGUGCUGACACCCGGAAAACCAUCCAGUCUGUCUUCAUUUAUUUGGUGAUGGAUCGAUUUAUGGUCCAUGAUGAAUCUCAGCAGGUCUUGUGACACUCUGAUCAGAGACCGCUUGGUUCUUGGCAAACCCCCAGUAAUCCCAUGGCAGCUUAUCAUCUCUGCGUUCCAUUAUAGCAGCAAAGCGCAACGAGAUGAUUCUUUGUCAUCCUUCAAUGUGGUUGGAAGUCGGCGUGGCACCACAGCAUGAAAAAAUAUGUACAUACGUACAUAGACAGACAUAAUCCCUCCAGCGUGUUUUUCUUGUUGCUGUGUGUUUAUAUUGGUUUAUUUUCUUAUUUUGUUGCUUUUGUGGGGUUUUUUUCCCAACAAAAGUCUGUCAAGUGAUGUUAAAUGUUCUGUUGUCCAUUCAUUUGUUGAGUGUAAUUAUUUUUUCAUUCUUUUCUGCAUGUAAAAUUUGAAUUAUUGUCCAUAAAAAGUGUUUUUUGUUUACAUUUAUGGCUCUCUGGAGCAGAUUUUUUACAUUUCCAUUAUUUUCUGUGGGAAAAUUUGCUUUGGUUAGAGUCCGUUUUGGUUUCAGUCGGACCUUCUGGAACGGACGAACGAUUUUAACCAAGGCACCACUUGGAGUCAUUGAACUGUCAGCACUUGUUAUUCAUUUAAAAGCCACAGUAUUCGGGUGUUAUAUAUGAUAUGUGUUGAAUAUGGGAAUCAGUCACGCCUUAACUGUAAGGGACAUUU